GCAGCCCCAACUCCUGCCCUGCAGCAGCAACUGGGAUGUGUACUGGGGCAGGGCCUGGGGUGCCCUGCCUGGCACUCCUGCUCCUGGGGCUGGGACUCAGCACCCAGGCCAGGCCUUCCUGCGUCGGGGACACCUACCCUGGCGACCAUAGGUGCUGCCGAGAGUGCCAGCCAGGCAGCGAGAUGGCCAGCCGCUGCGACCAUGCCAGGGACACGGAGUGCCGCCCAUGUGCGCCUGGCUUCUACAAUGACUUGGUGAACUAUGAGGCCUGUAAGCCCUGCACGCAGUGCAACCGUGAGAGUGGGAGCGAGCUGUGGCAGGAGUGUUCACCCACGCAGGACACGAUCUGCCGCUGCCGGCCUGGGACACAGCCCCAGGCUGGCUACAAGCCCGGUGUGGAUUGCGAACCCUGCCCCGAGGGCCACUUCUCUGAAGGCAACAACCAGAAAUGCAGGCCCUGGACCGACUGUUCUGUGGCUGGCAAGCGAACGCUGCAGCCAGCCAGCAGCAGUUCGGACGCUGUCUGCGAGGACCGGGACUCCUCAUCAACACGACCCCGGGAGACCCACAGCCCCGCUGCCCAGCCCACCACGGCCUGGCCCAGGACCACACAGGGCCCUCUGCCCACCGCCUUGGAACCCUCCAGGGGCUCCGAGCUGGCCAUUGUCUUGAGCCUAGGCCUGGGCCUGGGCCUGCUGGCCCCACUGGCUGCCCUGCUGGCUGUAUACCUGCCCGGAAGGACCUGGAGGAACCCCAAGCCCCCUGGGGGAAGCAGCUUCCGGACCCCUGUCCAGGAGGAGCAGGCACACGCACAUUCUGCAAUGGCCAAGAUCUGAACAGCGCCUCAGGGAGGGGGGCUACAGGUGGACCUCAGCCCCUGCCCCCCAUGUGUGUGCGUCCUGCGGACCCCGCCUGGUGCUACC